AUGCUCCUCUCCUCACUCCAGCCGCUCCUCUUUCUCGCCCGCAGCUACGACUACAUAAUCGUGGGCGGAGGCACAGCGGGGCUCACCCUAGCGGGAAGACUCUGCUCUGACCCCAGCGUAACCGUCGGCGUUCUCGAAGCCGGCCCAGACGCGCACAACGACCCACUGGUCUACAUCCCGGGCUUCUACGGGUACCCGCAGCGGUCGUCGGGCUACGGCCCCGACGACUCCCCGCUGGACUGGGGCUUCAGGACGGAGCCGCAGCCGCACGUCGACAACCGCCGCAUGCCCUGGUCGCGCGGGAAGAUGCUCGGCGGCUCCAGCGCGCUCAACUACAUGAUCUGGGACGUCCCGUCGGCGCCAGAGUACGAUGCGUAUGCCACCCACGGUAACGCCCCCGGCUGGAACUGGUGCACCGUCUCCGCCGCUGUGAAUAAGGCGUGGAGGGCGAUCCAGCCCGGCGUCCUCACCGGGCAAGCGGGAGAGUUGUCGGUGCAGAAGUUCGUCACCCCCGGGACAGAGCUGUUUGCGCCUACCCUCAAGAAGCUUGGCGUCAAGGUCAAUCCGAACCCGCUGAGCGGUGAUGCAAUCGGCACAUAUGAUUCUCCGGCGUCCAUCCUGAAUGGCGCCAGUACGAGGUCGUACAGUGUCUCGGCGUAUCUCCUGCCGAACGCGCACCGUGAUAAUCUGGUAGUGUUGCCCGGGGCGACGGGUGCUCGUGUGGUGCUGGAUGCGAGCAACAGGGCGAUUGGGAUGGAGUUUCUGGACUGCAGUGGGCGGAACCACACGGCGUUCCUCAAUCCUGACGGAGAGGUGGUGUUGUCGGCAGGAAGCACGCAGACGCCGCAGCUGCUAGAGCUCUCCGGCAUCGGGAAGAAGAGUGUGCUCGAUGCCGUGGGGAUUCCCGUCCGCGUGCGCAACGACAACGUCGGUGAAGAUCUGCAGGAUCACCUAUUCGCCCCCCUCGUCUACGAAAUUACGCCGGGCAUCCCCACGCGCGACCUGCUCCUGACCUCGCUGCCCUUCCUCGCCACAGCGGAGGCGAACUACACCAACCACCGUGACGGCAUCCUCUCCUCGGGCAUUUCAGCGCUGUCCUUCGUCCCUCUCACGAACGUCAUGGACCCACCCGCUCUCUCACGUCUAAUCGCGGAAACCAAGCUCUCCAAACCAUCGGUGGACCCGUUCUCAACCUUCACACUCCCCUACUCCCCGCAGCACCGCGACGCCAACAAAGUAGCCCAACUCGAGUUCCUCUUCGGCAACUACAAAGUGACUCCCGGCCCACGGGAAGUGGGGAAGUCGUACAUUUCGAUCUGGGCGUGCCUGUUGCACCCGUUGUCACGCGGGAGCAUCCACAUCUCGUCACGCGACCCGCUGGUGCCGCCCGUUAUCGACCCACAGUAUUACAGCGAGGCGGUGGACCGCGCGGUCAUGCUCGCGGGUGUGAAGUUCGCGGAUAAGAUUGCGAAUACCGCGCCGCUGAGCGGGAUUAUAAAGCGGAGGGUCGACCUGCCGCCAGGGAGGUUGACGGAUCAGCAGCUGUGGGCGUAUACGAAGAAGGUUACGCAGAGUAUUUGGCAUCCGGUCGCGAGUGCCGCGAUGGGGAAGGUCGUCGAUGACAGGCUACGCGUGUUUGGCGUUAAGGGGCUGAGGGUUGUCGAUGCGAGUAUCGCCCCCCUCCUUAUCUCAGCGCAUAGUCAGGCUACCGUCUAUGGCAUUGCUGAGUUGGCAGCUGAGAUUAUGAAGGAGGAUAGGAGGAGGAAGACGUGCUUCUGAUUUCGGUCGCUUUGGGUGGUUGGUGGGGGGUUUCCAAGUUACUCAAUUAUCACUGUUUUUGCUGUUUAGUGUUCCUGUAUUUAUAUUUUGUCC